AUGGAGUACCUGGAGCAUAGGUAUCAUAUCACGAAGCAAGAUAACCACCAACAAACAAACAACCCAUAUCCUUUAAGUAUCCGGGAAUAUCAGUACCCCGAGGGAUAUGUUUCUCCCAAGUUUAAGACUUACGAUGGACAUGGAAAUGCGCGGGAACAUGUCAGCCGUUUUCUCUCAGACAUGAAUGAUAGAAUCUCCGACGAGAAACUGUGUUUGAGAGAAUUACCCAAAUCAUUGCCAGGAACAUACUUUACCUGGUACGAUAACCUAAAGGAAGAAAGCAUAGACUCUUGGCCCAUUAUGUACUCGAUGUUUAUGGGCAAAUUCUAUUCAGCCAAGCGGAAAGUUACGUCCAUAUACCUGAGCAGAAACGGACAUAUGUCGGGUGAAGAAAUAGGGACAUAUAUAGCAAGGUUCCGACGAACGGCACUGGAUUGUCAUGAAGACAUUAGUGAAGAAGCACUCGUAGAAAUAUGCGUACGAGAAAUGAUUCAGUGUUUCAAAGGGAAUUUGAUCAACUUCAGAUUUCAAACCUUCGUCGAACUAGAGGAAGCCGCUGAAAGAAUCGCUGACUGCAUGGAAGAGUUACCUGCAUACGUCAACUGGCGUCAUAUUGUAAGUAUCACAUCCGUAAUCCCCUACAAGCCUAAUAACAAAGAGGGAAGUGAAAGCCGACAACAAGGGGGAGACCUCACCCAAAGGAAAAACAUAUGGAUUAGAAAGGAUUCGAGAUCAUCCCCUCCUCUACUACCAUAUGGAAGAGAACGGACUGUUCGGCUCCUCAACCAAUGGGUAGCCAAGGGUGAGGUUCAAUUGCCGCCGACGGUAGUGGAUGUCAACAAAAUGAAUAAGGACGCUGCAAGGUAUUUCCAUUAUCAUAGGAGAAUGGGACAUCCGACAGUGGAAUGUCUCGCGAUAAGAAGCAUAUUUGAAAGAAAACGUGAGUCUGGAGAGCUUGAGGCAGCAAGACAAAUGAUCGAGCGAGACCCAUUCCCGUGUCACUAA